UUAAGGAAUUAAAUCUUUUAUUCUGAUUUAAUUCUGUGAAGACAACGCGCAAAAAGGCUUCUCUCGUCUUUAUUCUUUUGAAGUCUCUGUGAAAUGCUCAAAGGUGAUUAGGGUUUAUCGGCUCUUUCUUUCUUAUCCUCUCCGUUAUCGAAAUGUGUCCUCGACAGCUUGUGUGAUCAAUCUAUCUUUUUUGUCUUAUUAUGUUUCUUCGUGAUCGGGUUCGUGUCUGUUUCGCAUGUGUUGGUGACUUGGUGCAGAGAGAGAGAGAGACACUUAGAAUUGGGAUAUAACCAAAAAUGGCUGCGGAGCUUGUUAGUUCUGCAACAAGUGAAAAGCUUGCUGAAAUGGAUUGGACCAAAAACAUUGAGAUCUGUGAACUAGCUGCUCGUGAUGAAAGGCAAGCAAAAGAUGUUAUCAAGGCUAUCAAAAAACGCUUGGGGAGCAAGAACCCAAAUACUCAAUUAUAUGCUGUUCAGUUGCUGGAGAUGUUGAUGAACAACAUUGGAGAGACUAUUCAUAAGCUGGUUAUAGACACAGGUGUCCUCCCUACACUUGUGAAGAUUGUAAAGAAAAAAACGGAUUUGCCUGUAAGAGAGAGGAUAUUUCUCCUUCUUGACGCAACUCAAACCUCUCUUGGUGGCGCUUCAGGAAGAUUCCCUCAGUACUAUUCAGCAUACUAUGUUUUAGUGCACGCAGGAGUUAAGUUUCCUCAGAGGUCUAGCUCCACACCACCAGUUGUGGUCACUGCACAAACGGUUCCAAGAAGUACGCUCAAUGAACAACUUGCAUCCGCUAGAAAAGAGAGGACUACUGCUCCUGCUCAUGCUCAGCAGAGAGAAUCUCAAACUACCUCCUCUUCUUCUAGCAUUUUGCAAAAGGCUGGUGCUGCAUUAGAAGUUUUGAAGGAAGUGCUUGACGCAGUUGAUUCUCAAAAUCCUGAGGGAGCAAAGGAUGAGUUUACUCUUGAUCUUGUGGAGCAAUGCGCGUUCCAGAAGGAGCGUGUAAUGCACCUCGUCAUGACAUCAAGGGAUGAAACAGCAGUUUCUCAAGCAAUAGAAUUGAACGAGCAGCUUCAGAGGAUUCUUAACAAACAUGAAGAUUUACUCUCUGGUAGAAUCACAGUGCCAGGCAGGUCUACUACAUCUAAUGGCUACCAUUCUACCUCAAACGGUCACCAGAAACCAAGCAGCUCUAUCUCCAUUGAAGAUGAUGAUGAUGAAGAGGAGCCUGAACAGUUAUUCAGAAGAUUGAGAAAAGGGAAAGCUAGAGCAAUGCCUGAAGAUGAAGAAGAAGAGGCAUCACCUCCACCACGAGUCUUACUUGGAUCAGCGAUCCAUAGCGAGAGACUAAACCGUCCACUCAUUCGUCCUUUGCCAUCAGAGGAGUCAUCACCACGCAGUGGUGAUAGCCAUUCGCAGUCCUCCUCCUCGCCUGUUGUGAUUCCACCACCACCUGCAAAACACGUUGAGAGGCAAAAGUUUUUCAAGGAGAAGAAAGUUGAUGGUGCGUCUGGUUUGCCAGGUCAUAUGAGAGGUCUUUCUUUGCAUAGCCAAGAUGGAAGCAGCUCACGCAGUGGAAGUGUGGACUUCAGUGACUGAAACACCCCAAAAGUUCGGUCUCAUGAUAAGUAUAUGUAUUCUUUUUAACUCUUGGUCCUCUUAGGUUUGUUAAUUUACAGAGAAAGUUUGUGUUGUGUGUGUCUCUAGUAUUGUGAAAUUAAAAUAUAGCACAUGAGAUGAAAUAUGAUUAUUUAUACUAGUAAAGGUACUUGUUUUCACUUUGUUGAAGCAUGAGCUAUAUGCUAUUUAGAGUGGUUUGCUGUUCCUGUUUGUGUAAUGAAGCUAAAUGUGGAAAAUGCUAUUCA